AUGACGACGAAACGACAGACACCCAAAAUAAAGAUCGAUUUCUGGGACGACAAUAUGUGUUCUGGCGCCGGAGAAGGAAAUGCAGUCGCCGAAACUGAGAAAUUCUGUGUGAAGAAGCUAAAAUCGAAAUUUAUUAAACCCGACCGACUUAAGAGUCAAAGAAACAAGCUAAGGGAAGCGGUAAUGAACGACAAACCCGAUGAUAUCCCGAGAAUCAUCAAGGAGGAAGGAAUCAAAAUCAACGAGAUCGGCAAGAGCAGUGUUCCGCUGAUUCACGAGGCAGCUUUUGAAGGAAGAAUAGAAUGCGUGAGAGCGCUGUUAGAUUGCGGGGCAAAAAUCAACAUGUGUGACGCUGAAGAUUGGACUGCCCUUCACGCGGCUGUUUUAGGGGGACAUGUGGAGCUCGCUAGUGUUUUAAUUCAAAGGGGAGCGGAUAUGUACGCCGAGACAAACGAGAAGUACAUUCCUUUCCACAUUGCGAUUGAAAACGGCGACGAGAACAUGAUAGCACUGUUUGUUGACAAGAUGUCGCAAUUGUCGGCGUUUGGUGGGAAAGGAUAGUCUGAAACAUGUACUAUAGCAUGGAACUGGAUUUGUAAGGUCAAUUUAUGCCUUGAAAAUGACUUACUUCAGAGUAUCUAAAGACAUGUAAUUAAUAUAGAUGACACGCGUGCAAAACGUCUGCGCAUGCGCAAGGUCUCUAUUUUCAAUAAUUAAAAUUUGCAAAAUCUUCGCCAUUAAAUUGAAAAACACUUAGGAAUGUUUGAUAUGUUUAAUGGUCUGCAGCCAGUUCUAGUAUUAAGCACAACAAAAAAAUUACUUAAACUAACUUAACUAACUAACUGGUAAAGUCGUCCAGUACAAGGUUUUUCCGUCCUUGUUUUUCCACUUAGCAUGCAUUGGUCGUUUUCGUUGUUCGCAUUGACCGAGCUCAGCGACAUGAUGACCAAAACAACAACAAUGGCUACGGCGAUGUGCUGCCAGAGCGAGCGUGGACUUUCAAACAUGAUUUUCGCCUUUGGUGCAAGGAGGAAAGUAUGUGGUGCAAAAGAGAGAAACUAAAGCAAUUAAUAAACUUUGUGUUCGUGAAAUUCUAAGCUUAUCUUUUGUGUGUGGAGCUUACUUUUUUGAAUUUCGUGGCCGGAAUCUAGUUUGUUUUGGUAUCGCGUAUAAUUUCGAUUGGGGGAGACACUGGCAAAUUCGCGCCGAAAGCAGGGAAGGCACGCAUGCGCACUGCGUUUUUCACGCGUGUCAAUAUAGAUUGUGUUACUAACUUCAGGCGUAGGUCGCGGAUGAGUCACAGGCACCAAAGGGUACAGAGGGAGGGGAUCGAAACAGUCAACAGUUCGAAAUAUACGCAUGGGAUUAUUCUGUCACCGAUAGACUCAGUCUAUUAGAAUGGUAGUUGUAGAAACUAGGACUGCGGCUAUGAUUCCCACACACAAUAGGGUUGAGCUACCUGUGGAUGAACCAUUCAUUUUACUCGUCAAUGUGUGCGUGCUAUCUGGAAUGACAGAAGCACAUAGCUUUGCUCGAAGAUCAGGCUCAUGCGAUUCCUAGUCAUGUCGGCACUAGUCUAGUACACCCGUGAAACAUGGACCCCAACAGUGCAGAUUAAGAAUAAAUUAGGGGCCGUAGAGAUGAGAUGCUUUCGAAACUACACUUGGUAUCUCCUACUAAGUCCACAUCACGAACGAGGAAGUGAAAAACAGAAGCCAUUGGGCCCUACGAUGGCAUUCUAACAUGGCUUGGGUUAGGAAAUCAGGCCAAGUAUAGCCGUGCAAAGAGUAGCAAGGAAAGAGGACAGAGAAACUCGGGGUGAGGGGGGGGUACUUUCUUAUAAGAGACUAAUAGGGAUGUACCGCUGGAUGAGGUCGCAUUUUCACGACUGGAUUGACUAUAAUGGGGUCGCAUUUACUAGAAUGAGUUACUAGAAUGAGGUCGCACAUUUUCGGAUUUUUUGGGAUAAGACAGUUCUUCAUAUUUACGGUUAGCAGAUGUACCAGAAUGUUUGUACCGUAGAUGAAAAGUAAAGUAUUCUUCAUUCAGUCUAAAAAAUGCGUCAAUUCAUAAAAAUAGAGGGUGACUAGACUAAGUUGGGAUCGCGAAAAUUACAUAUCUGCUUAAAAAAUGACUAAGAUGGGGUCUGUAAUUGGCCACAGGAUAGAUUAUAAGGGGGUAGGGGUUCUGAGAGGCCAGCGGCACAUACCCAGCAAAAAUUAACCCCCUCCCCCCCCCCGAGGAGAAAUGCUGAGAGGACAACAUAUCGAAGUGGACAGGUUUGAAGAAAGAGUGACAAUAGGGACCAUUUGAGUGACAGGACAGGUGACAGGACAGGUGACAGGACAGGUGCAGGUGGUAUGCCCACAGGCCAUGUACUGUAUGCUGAUUCCCAAUUUGUCAUUUAAUAGCCUGAGUAGAAAGUCUUUGCAAAAGAUUGAAUUUUUAAAUUCAUAAAAACACGACAGUAGAACAGCUAUAAACUAACAUUAUGGUCUUUCCAACUUAAGGGGCCGUGUCGCUUGUCCUAUUGGCUACCAUUUAAUAGCCUUUGUAGAAAGUCUUUGAAAUCGAGUUAUUGCGCAAAAAUUGGAGCGAGAGCAAAAGAAAUCGAAGAUCCUCUUUUUUGCUCUCGUGCUAACAUUCUCGACAAACUCGCGUGAAAACGCUUGCUACCGAGUCUAUCCUUUUAAAUAGUUGAAACUGUUUUUGCAUCAAUUGAAUUUCGAAAAUAAUGGUCCAGGUUUGUUAUAUAAGGCCAUAUUUAGGCCGAAACUAUUGAAAAUUCAUUGGUGGGUAAAGGUAGUAAGUAGUGUCUUCAGCCACAGAGUUUACCUAAAGCAGUAAUAUGGUGUUUGAAUUCUCCGUCUUCUUUAAUAUAAAAAUACAGUCUUGGGUUUGUACGCUGGUGGACGGCCGAAUUUCGAGCAAGUCCCCGAUGCAAUUCUAAACGUCUGGUGUACUUGUAUUUAAAUUCCGACCCUACUCGCCAUUAGAACUAGAACUCGGAGGGUCGUGAGUUCGAUUCUCACCUGGAGCUCGGAAAAUUUUUCUGAGCUUUCUGGUGUUUGAAUUCUCCUUCUUCUUUAAUAUCCUCGUUUCACAUAGCCCAUAAAGAUUAGGAAAUGCGGGCCCACCAACCCAGUUGACCUUGAGAUUACUGAAAGUACACAAUGGGGAGGUCAUUGGUGGGAUGGCAUUGUAUAUGCAGAAUAACAAACAGAAAAUUGUAUGUAGAGUAACAAACACAAAAUGCUAAGUGUUAAGAGGUAUUCUAAAUCAUAUAUUUGAAUAGUAAAAUACAGAACAAUUUUACACCUCACAAUGCAACUCAGUGAGGACAACAGUUAAAACAAAUUAUGGUAUUACUCUGGAAAAUUCAACUCAAGCACCAAUGACGUCAGACUUCAAUGCAAAUAGGUUUUCGGUAGCGUUUUCGUGGUUAAGGAAGGAUUGUUUACUUAUGGUGUUUUUAAUUCCAAGUCGCAUUAAUAAUGAAUAAAAGUGAUGAAUAACCUAACAAGGCCCAUAAUCUGUUUCCCUGUAAACGUGGUAGUUGAUGAUUAACCGAAAAGCCGAUAUUUUACUUAACCAAUGAGGUGCAGGCGAUUUUAUUGAUAUGCACUUUGCUAAUUUAGGAACAAGUAAGAACAUUAUCCAUUAUCCCAAAUCCUUGGAGCGUUAAAAAUUUUAUGAGCUAGAAUCUUCAAACUAUUAGGUCAUUAAUUAAAGUUUGUGUGCUAUUGGAAUACCCCCCAUGUAGAUCUUAGACACCAAAACCCUCCAUGUAGCCCAUGAUGUUUUGUGUCAACAUGCAUUUCAUACGCUGUUACUGUAUGGUCGCUCCGCGCUGAGCGCUCGCACUCGUGAGAGCUGUAGUUAUUUAACGCAUGACACAGUCUCUGCGACGGAUUAACAUUUCCGCCGGCUUUAAAGUGGCUGUUGAGGUUUUAAGUGUGUAGAUUGUCAAGAAUAAUCAAGGUCUUUUGCAACUGUCGCAUAAUAAACGAGAAAAUCUCGUUAGAGUCGUUUACUGAGAUCGAAAGAAGCAGCCGAAGUCAUUUUACUUGUCAUCUGAUUUGUACACAAAGAUGUCUCUACCAGAGCUAACUGUCGGUGAAGUCAACUACAACAGCAUAGAACUUAGAUGGGAUACCUCAGAGAAUAACAACAGCAAUAAUAACAAGAAGCGAAAGCUGUUCCACGUUCAGCUCAACAGGGCUCGAGCUAGAAGUCCUUGCCCUGGCGGCCCGUCGCUCGAUCCUUUAACGAACUACCAAGGGUUCAGCGUGCAGUAUGUGUUCAAAGGCUUAGAGCCUAUGACUCAGUAUUUAUGCCGACUGAGAGUUAUGGACGACGGAAACGGCGGGAAGGAAGGCGGAUGGAGUGAACCUAUCACUGUCUGUACUGCCAAUGAGCCGCCAUCGGGAGCUGAACUGCAUAAGGCUGUCUCCAAGCAAGAGUUGGAGAAAGUUCGAAGCAUUCUUGAGGAAAAUAGCACGGUUGUUGAGGUGAUGGAUAAAUUCGGCUUGACUCCACUCAUGAUUGCCGCACAGAAGGGCUUUACAGGUGAGAUAAUUGACUAUAAGUACCGAAGGAUUUCGCUCAGAUUUGUUAAUACGUUUGAGCUGUGCAAGUUGGCUGUAAUGCAAAUUGCAAACGAUGAAGAGGUUAUUUGAUGAACCAGUUAGUAAGUCUAAGUUACGUUUAAAUCGCUGGAGAAACUGAGAUGUAAACUUUAAAGAAGCAGCCAUGGUUCUCAGAAAUUUUUGGCGACAUAAUCAAUCAACUGAAUGAUAAAGCUCUUGUACAGAAUGGAGCUAGCAGAGGUACUGUGCCCUGUACAAUACGAUGUUUACAUGAAGCAAAUGCUCAAGUGUACACCCGCUUCUGGCACUGAUCUCUUCUCGUUGUUACGCCAACAAGACAUUUGAUAAAUUCUAGUCAAUAAGUGACGUUCUACAGUCAUGCUUGUAAGAGCCCCGUAAUUACAAAGAAGACGGUCUUGCAUAAGGAAUUCAAACCUCACUAAAAUAUCGUACAGAAUACAACAAUUUCCGUUGUCUUUUGUUAUUCCCAACUGCGCUAACAAUGAUUAAGUUUUUUUUUAAAAGAUGUUACUCAAUUUCUGGGAUUACUUUCAACCAACAUUCUCUACUAAUCCCGAUCGAUUUUUGUCGACCAUUUUAGGUUCAUUUGCAAAACUUUUAUGCUUCGAAAAUAAAUUUAUAUAGAUUCUAUCGUUAAUUCUUUCUGAUUAUUCAAGUCCAAAGCACGGAUCAAGGACUUUGUCUUCAUUAAAAUAACAAUAACUUCAGCUGCCUUAUGCCUUUUGUUUUUAACGGAAACAAAAAGGAAAAAUGUGAGCUCAUUAAAAAGCCUAUUUAUGAUAAUCACAUAAAUAUCUUCGUGAAUCAGCAGAAUCAAGGUGUUUUAGAGUAAAAUUUUCAAAUCUGAUUAAACCCAAAUUAGUGAGUGAAAAUCUGGCGGAGACGGUGAUCAUUUCUUGUCGAUCUAGACAAAGCUUCUUCCGCCGAACUGCAAAAAAAGAAUUAACAACCCCUUGCUUAAAUAAACAGGCCUUUUACACUAGGGUCUUUAUUCAACUGGAGAUUAGUUUUGUUCAAAUAAACAAGAGCCAAACGCAUUAAAAACGAUUCAAAGCAGAUACAGUAGACCUUAUGAACUUCCUCUCGCUGUUUUAUGUGCUUGGAAAAUAAUAAGAAUUAUAAUAAUGUCUCUCCUACUUGUUACUACCCAAUCUUAUUCACAAAUUGGGCAUUGAGGUUCUGUUAAAGUUUCUUUCAGUACUCAGGUAUUUAGACACUUACCACGGUAAGUACACAAUAAAAGAGCUUCAAUCAAUCUUUAUGGUAAUUUGAACAUGAAAUGUUUUAGGGUUGAAAAUUCCAAAACUCAGAGCAAAAAUUAAGGAAACGAAACGAAUAUUUCGUCCCCCUAAAUAUCUUCGUCAGAGCAGGUGAACAACCUUUUUGGUAUAUGAAGUGAUUUGUUAAUAACUCACAGAUUCUGAAGCAUCGAACAAUCGAUUUGUUGAAUUUGUCUUUGGGGUUUCAAUAAGCACGACAAAAACACCUGUUUUAAAGAGUAAGAAGUUUAUAGUACACUCCCCUGCGGGGCUCUUCAGUGAUACAAAAGAAAGCUACAAUUCAUUAUCAAGUAUAUAUCAAAAAUAUCUACCUAAAAACGAAAAAAAAUCACCUAAGUUUCCGUUUUUAAAAUUCCUAUGAUACAAUAAAAAGUUAAAACCUACAAAACGCUCGCGGGAUCAAGAAAUUUGUGUAACAAUAUUUGCCUCAGUUUCUAUUUAAAAUCCCCAUGAUUCUUACUUAAUUUGAGGUCUUUAUCUAGCCUGCUCCACAAACUGACAACUUUGUACUGGAAUGAUCGCUGACCAGCAGCUUUAAAUAAAGGGAUAUUUAAUUGUUGUGAAUUGCGUGUCACGCGGCCAGAAACUUGGCCUCUGGUAACUAGCUUGGUUGCGAGGUAAUCUGGGACACAGCCCGUCAUACAAUUAAACGUAAAAACAGCGUUCCUCAGAUAUAAUUGCUGUCUGACAGGUAACCAUGACAAUUCCCGGAGAACUGGAGAGAUAUGGUCGAAUUUUCUCGCUCCACUAAGUAUCCGGGCGGCAAAGUUCUGUACGUGUUGCAAUUUAAGUGUUAGACCAGACCGCCGAGCAGUAAAAUAAUUUACAGAAAACAAGCGCGUUGAUUAAAAUCGCUAAAUGUUCACGAAAGAGGUAAUUGUGUGCAAGUCUCUUGUUAGGGUUAGCUGAGUGCCGGGCUUAAAUUUGCUUGAUAAGAUCGUGCCUGCAUUGUCCAGGCUUCAUUAUUCCGCGGUUCAUGUGAUUGAAUUCCCGAAGGCCCCGGAAGACGCCUAGGAACCAAUGCGAAACUUUGUCAAUGAGUGCUUUAACAUGACAAUCUAUUCUUGCACCGUCGAGGAAAAGAGAAAUUUGAUGACCGGGCAAAACUGUUCACUUGUCAGGAACUUUUAAGUUUUUGCGAUAGUGGGCUAUGUUCGGGUACAAUUUAUUUAAGACUUUUCAGAUGCAGUAGCUUGUUCUCAGGGCAAACUCGUAGGCUCUGGGGACAAGAUUCUCUCAGAUGAUCAUAACUAAGGCAAAUGCGUAUGCUUUUGAUCUGUGUCUGAUAACAUUUUUAAUUUUUCCUAUAUAAAGUUGGCUGCUGUCUCUCUAACGCUCGCUAGCAUGUGGAUCAGUUUCCGUUUUAUAUCAGAUUAUUUAUCUAUAAUUCAUGUUCCUGUUCCUUUUAUUUCUCUCCGGUUUCCCGUUGUUAGAACCCCGUGAUCUUCAAGCUGAAUCUCACAUCAAAUAUUUAGCUGGUCUAAUCACAGUUCAUCCUCAUAUUUCUUUUCAGAGGUAAUGGAGAUCUUGUUAGAAUUUAAUGCAGAUCCUGAUUAUGCCAACUUAGAAGGUAAAACAAGUUUAAUGAAAGCUUGUUAUGCUGGCCAAGAGGAAGCAGCACGGUUAUUACGACAGCACGGUGCAUCUUGGGAAAAACGUGACAGGAGUGGGCUGACCGCUGUACACUGGGCUGCAGACGGGGGCCACGAUGAUCUCCUUUUAUGGGUUCUUAGAGAUGGCGGCCCAGUCGACAUCGAAGAUACUGUGAACGGUUGGACUCCCUUGAUGCGUGUUGCGUGCCUUUCCGGAAAUGACGACGUAGCAGAAGUACUUAUAGCCAAAGGCGCUAACAUAAACAAGUAUGACAAAUCUGGCAAGACUGUACUUAUGGCAGCUGCCAUGAACGGCCAUUUUAAUUUGGUUCGCUUGCUUGUUGACAAGGGCGCAGAUAUUUACUUGGAGAACAGGGAGGGGAAAACAGCUUUGGAAUUCGCCCGUUCUAUGGAACGUCAUAGCAUUAUUAGAUAUCUCGAGUUCCAAGUGGCGAAGGAAGAAAAACAAAGGAAGGCUAAGCUGUUGGAAGAGAAACUUAAGGAAAGUAAACAGAAACUAGAUCAAUUACAAAUGAAAGUUAAAUGAGAGAUAACAGAGACCUUUAGACUCUAAGACCAGGACGACCACGAGGUACUAGACUUUGUCAAUAUUAAGUAGCGCUCGCGCGAAAGCCAGCGUCAUUUUGGCGGGAAAAGGUGAUAGCCGUUUUAGCGAGAAUGUCGUAGUGGCGGGAACAAGUUCUCAAAUGUUAGAAGUUUUAUCAUUUUGCGAACGGGAGAGGAAUUAACCACAUUCCAUAAAAAUAACAGUGCUUAAUUUUUUCGAAAAAAAAGACAGUGUACUGAAGCUUACCAGGAUGCUUAUUUUUUGAGGAUACGCAAAAAAACAAUUUCUUCCUCAAAGUCGUCCUCGUCCUGGAAUCUAAACGUCUCCUACAGUUACAGCUAGUGGUCUCCCUAUCUUGUAUGAAUUUUAUCCAAGGUAAUGAUGGAAUAAUUUUGAUUGGUACCUUCAAUUUCUUUUGGGUUUUGACAGGGUCAUCCAACGACCGAAAGUUUCCAAAUACGUCUCAAGUGUUUCAAAUGGUUUUCUCAAUCCUUAAGAUGCCUGUCUGGUUAAUUUGGAGCUGCCAUAAAAACUGUAUAUCUGUUCGGAUUUCUUUGGGGAACUUUGGUGGUCUCGAAAGCUGUAGGUGGCUUUUUUGUCUCCCUCGAAACUGUUAGCUACCCUAAUCAGGCGUGGAUUUAGGAUACAUACUGACCGGUUUCUUAAACUAAUAGCGAGCACCGGAGGUGCAAGAUUCUAGGGGGGGGGGGG